UAAAGGAGUACUUAACAGCAGUGACUGAGGAAUACAGAACAACUCAAUCUAUCUUCUGACAGCAAACUCACACAGAUCUUUCCCCACUCAGAAGAAAAGAUGGAAUUUGAAUCUCAGUGCAGCCUGAUGACUAGCACCUCCAUGAGCGAGAGGUGGACAUCGAGGAUGCCUCAGGGGCUGGACUUGGAGAUCUCCCAGCAUCCUCUGACGAUGAAGAGCGUGGUGAAUCUCAUCAUCGCCAUGGAGAGGUUAAAGGACACCACCAAGUCAGAAUCGCCAAUGAGUUCCGAGUUCAGAGACGAGGAUCUGCUCAACAUCAUGCUGGAGAGCGCGGUGGAAGAGGAAUUUGUGUUUGAGGUGACUGCAGCACCGCCGGCAGAGAGACAUAGCAAAUUUAACAAGACGGGGGAACACGAGUACCGUAUCACUGAUACCCAGAAGAGGAACUGGGUGCUUGUUAAAGACGCCAUGGAGCUCCAUGCCCUGAUGCUGCAAGGAGGCAGCAGCCAUCGCCAAGUGAAUCUGAACAUGUGCACCUAUGUGAACACUGCGCCCAGUACUGAUGCGAGACCUGUGAUCUUGGGUAUCAGGGGUACAGACCUCUACCUGUCAUGCUCUGAGGAAAAUGGGAGGCCAACCCUGCAUCUGGAGGAGGUGCAGGGCAAGGAGUGGUUGAGGAGUAUCAGCAAGGGGACUGACAUGGUGCGAUUCCUCUUCUACAAACGGGACAGUGGGCUUGAUAUUAGCACCUUCAUGUCGGCCCACUUCCCUGGCUGGUACAUCAGCACGGCCCAGGAAGAUGAUAGGCCCGUAGACAUGUGCCAACAGACGGCCCGACGCUACAGAAACUUCACCAUCCAGCGCCAGAACUGA